AUGCAAGGCUCUUUUUAAGUGAAGCAAGCUCUAGCUUACAUCUUGGCUUAACUUAAAGAUGUGGAUGAACAAACGAUUGGGGUCAUAUUAGAAAUAUUAAGAAAUAAAAAGGUUAGAGACUGCAUUGGAUUUCUAUCAGAUAUUGAGAAUUAGAGACAAUCAGAAGGAUAAAUUUCACAAAAAGUUGGGAAUUUCACUCCAUCUGAUUCAGAAUAGAAAUUAUCUAUUUUUGGAAAUGACAUCAAAUUAAUUACAGAUGUAUUAAAAAAAUUAAACGAUCAUGACUUCAAUUACAAAGACUUUUCCUCUGAAGAAAAUGAAGAAUCAACACUAAGUCUAAUUUAAAGAAUCAAGGAUAAAAAAAGGAUCAUUGAAUUUCUUUAAUUUUUAGUUUACCUCACAUCCAUUGAUGAAACUUUGAAAUAAUAAGGGUCUAAUUCAUCUAUUAGUUUAGAUGAAGGUAGACCUUAGAAAAAAAUUUUUUUAAAAUAUAAAAAUCUAAAAUACUUCUUUGGUGGGAGCUAAUUUUGUUAAGUGUAAUUUUACCGGAUCCUAAUUUAAUAAUGUUGACAUAAGUGGAAUAAAUUUGAAUGGAGCAUUAUUGUUAAAUUGUAAAUAGUAAGAUUUAAGAAUCUAUGAAUUAAAUAAAUUACAUGGUCAUAGUAAUUAAGUAAGAUCAAUCUGUUUUUCUCCUGAUGGAAACACGUUAGCUUCUGGUGGUGGCUAUCCUUAUAAAGGUGGUGAUAACUCUAUCCGUCUUUUGGAUGUCAAAACGGGAUAAUAAAAAGUCAAAUUAGAUGGUCAUACUAGAACUGUCAACUCAGUUUUUUACUCUCCUGAUGGAAAUAUAUUAGCUUCUGGUAGUGCUGAUAACUCUAUUCGCCUAUGGGAUGUAAAGACAGGAUAAGAAAUUAAAUACUCUCAUAAAAACUACAAAGAUAUUCUUGCAUAAUUUAAGAUUCCACUUCUAAUAAAAUUGUUAUUUAUAAGAAGGUAAUAUUAAUUUUUUGAUAUUUUUAGCCUCAAAUUACAUCACUACACUCCUUAUAUUCUAAUAAGCCAAAUUUUAAGCAUAAGGAGCACUCAUUUUGAGAGGAGAGUUUGUCAAUCAAUCAGGUAUAGAUAUAAAGACAUUGUUUAAACAAAAGGGUAGCAGUAUUUUAGAAAAACAAUUAGACUGUAAUAAAAAAAUGA